AUGCCUCCCCAUCUUUCCACCCUUCCCAACGAGCUCGUCCUCAUUAUUGCCGAGUAUCUGGAUUACCCGAGUGAAGUCUACGUGCUAUUGCGAUGCGCUAGCGAGUUCUACCACCUAAACGCCCUUCUUUACAAACUGGACGCCAAGUCACAGGGAAGCUACGCCCUUAACUGGACAGCCAAGCACGGUAUAGAAGCCACAGCAUCUAAAGCCCUAUGCGCUUUAAAACCGGGUGCAAAGCCGCCCCACGGCGCGCUUUCUACGGCUGCCUAUUACGGCCACGAGAACAUCGUUGCUCUCCUCUGCAAGCACGCGAAGAGCGGCCAUAUUUCGGUUGUACAGCUAGUUCUCCGCCACGGCGCUAGCGUCGACCUCGAGGGCCGUGGGGACAGGACGGCGUUAAGUGAGGCUGCCGCUGCUGACCAUCUAUCCGUUGUUCAGCUGCUGCUUCGUCACGGCCCAAGCCUCGAGUCUCGGGAUCUUCUGGGAAGAACGGCAUUGGGAGUGGCCGCACUCCACGGCCAUCUAGCAGUGCUACAAACCUUAGUCGAUGCGGGUGCAGACAUCAACGUGACGGAUUUUGAAUGGGCGGCCACGCCCCUGCAUUUGGCUGCAAGGGCGGGAAGAACGGAGGUUGUGAAGUUUUUACUCGAAAUUGGUGCAGACUUUACUACCCGGACUCGUCUGGGAUCUGGCCCUCUUACCACCGCGGUCUGUUCUGGGUAUGAGGAGAUUGUACGCUGUUUACUCAACCGAGGCGCGACACCCCUCAGGCUUACUCUCAACCGUGCCGCUACAAUUGGACGUCCUGAAAUUGUCGCGCUUGACUUGGCCGCUAUGGAUUAUUCGCGCGCUCCAGAAUACGAAGCAACCAUGCCAUUAAUUGCUCUUGCUGCUGCUUCAGCUGGCCUGAUUGGCGAGCUCAAAGAUUUGAUUUCCAAGGGACUACAUUUGAAUUCCGCAUCAACCGGUGGGUAUAUUCCGCUAGGGUACGCGAUAAAGAACAAUCGAGUGGAUACCGUGCGGUUUCUUCUCAGCCACGGUGCAAACCCUAAGGAGAAAUGUCUCGGGGAAGAUGGCCUUAUACGUCCUCUGGACCUCGCAAUUCAGCGAGGCUGUGAAGAUGAUAGCAUGCAAGACCUACUCUACGAUUAG